AUGUAAUUCGAUCAAUUACAAGCUUCUACUCAAAUUAAUGGUGAAGAGACUGACUCUUUGAAAGGAAAGGAAGUAUCUUUAAUAGUAUUUCCGAAAAGGUUUUUAAAUCCCAUGAGUACUUUCAGAAUGAAAGGAGAUUUCCAUCUAUUUGCUGAUGCUCGAUACAUUCAAUAGCAUGAUAUGCUGAAAAUUGGCAUCAGUUGCCAAAACCCUUAUAAAAAAAUUUCGAAAAUAAUUGUGGAUUAAUCUGCUGGGAUGAUCAAAUUAUGUUAUACUUAACUUGAUUUUUCAGAAACCCCUUGGGAAUAUGUAACUAAAAGAUUAUAAAGCAUGGGUGAUCUUUAAAUGAACUAACUGAGCGAAUAUGUUAGGUAGUACUAUGAACAACUCAACUCUGGUUUACUGUAGGAAAAUAAAGACUUUGUAAUUAAUCUAAAACUAUCAACAUUAUUUUAGAUUCCCAAAGAGAAUUACAGAUCAUUUGGAUCGAUUCAAUAUAAGUAUUUGAAGGGCUUAAACCAAUUUUAUAUCUCAGCUUAGACCUAUGACUUCAAAUUAAUUCAAGAUUUAGGUUAUUCAAUACAAUAUUUUGUUGAUUCCUGCAUGAAGAUUGGAAUUCCAGAAAUAUCUUUAAAACCAGGGAGCACAAAUGUUGAUUACUACAAAAACAUUAUGGAGUUUGCAAAGCCUUUAACGAAACCAACAGAAAAGUAGGAUUUCUAUUUAUACUCUCCUCUCCAUCAAUAAGGCGUAAAAUGUGAUGUUACAUUUUAAGUGACAAAAGAUCAAUUGGAAGAGGAGAGUGACGCACUCAUUAAUUUUAAUUAUUAUUUAAAUUACAACCCUUCAUUGUGUAAUAAUUAAGCACUUUAGCCUUAAAAGAAAUUAAAGUCCUAAAAUUGUAUUUCACAAUAUUACGAACUCAUGGAUCAUCAAUAUAUGAGGUGUGGAAUUAAGAAAACCAAGCUGAAUUCUAUGGUUUGAUCUAGUGUAUAUAUAUUGUAAUCAUGUAUUUGUCAUCA